CCUCAGAUUUCUUCCACAGACCCACAGAGUUCAGUGGCCCCAACAGAACAGCCGCUAACUCAAGAGGGCUAUUUUUUUUUCAAAUGAACUUUGCAAUAUCUCUUUGAAAUUAAACUGAUAAUUAACAGUUUCCAUGAUACUCAGGUCCUGAAAGGCAACUUUGUUACACUCAUAGAACCAAGGUUCGUCUAGAUCUACCAAAUAUGGUUUCAGCUUUAGUUUAAAGGUUCAGUGCUACAAUACAGUGGGACAUCUGGGGAGAAGAAACGACUGGAAAACCUGGAAAUAAAACUUUCUCUGAAUUAAAAAAAAAUCUGAAAAAAAAGUUUGAGGUCCUACGUAGUUUGAAACUGUAGCUGUGGGUAUUUGGCUUGGAAAAUUCAUCUUAGGGUGCUUGGACCUCCCCAUGAUCAAAGGCAGACUACCAGUCGCACAAAUGUCUUCAGUUGUUGCUCCAGCCAAACAGUCAAAUACCAUGGGUCCCAAAGAAGUAGAGCUAAUAUUGGUGAAGGAGCAGAAUGGAGUGCAAUUCACAAAUUCCACCUUGAUCAACCCCGCCCCGACCAGUCCUGGUAAUGAAGAAAGGGAAACCUGGGGGAAGAAAAUUGACUUUCUGCUCUCAGUCAUUGGAUUUGCAGUAGACCUGGCCAAUGUCUGGAGGUUUCCUUAUCUGUGCUACAAAAAUGGAGGAGGAGCAUUUCUUGUCCCUUAUCUCUUCUUCAUGGUUAUUGCUGGAAUGCCCCUUUUCUAUAUGGAACUGGCUUUGGGGCAGUACAACCGAGAAGGAGCAGCAGGUGUCUGGAAAAUCUGCCCAAUUUUCAAAGGUGUUGGUUUUACUGUAAUCAUCAUCUCCCUCUAUGUGGGUUUCUACUACAAUGUAAUCAUCGCUUGGGCUCUGUUCUACCUCUUCUCCUCCUUUACUGGCAAACUGCCCUGGGUGGACUGCAACAAUACCUGGAACAGCGUGAACUGUUCUGAUCUCUGGUCCUUUAACAGCUCAACUCUAAAUGAUACACACAAAUCAACCCCAGCAGCAGAGUAUUUUGAGCGAGGCGUGCUGCACGUUCAUGAGAGUGAAGGAAUAAAUGACUUGGGGUUGCCCAGAUGGCAGCUGACAUCGUGCCUGGUUGUAGUUAUUGUGAUUCUCUACUUCAGCUUAUGGAAAGGAGUCAAAACCUCAGGAAAGGUUGUGUGGAUCACUGCUACCAUGCCAUAUGUUGUCUUGACUGUGUUACUGCUCCGUGGAGUUACCCUCCCUGGAGCCAUUGAUGGCAUUAAAGCUUACUUGAGUGUCGAUUUCCUCCGCCUUUGUGAAGCCUCCGUCUGGAUAGAUGCUGCCACUCAGAUCUGCUUCUCUUUAGGAGUUGGGUUUGGUGUGCUAAUAGCGUUUUCAAGCUAUAACAAAUUCAGUAACAACUGUUAUAGAGAUGCCAUCAUUACCAGCUCCAUCAACUCUCUGACAAGUUUUUUCUCUGGAUUUGUCAUCUUCUCUUUCCUGGGAUACAUGUCACAAAAACACAAAGUUGCUCUGGAUGAGGUGGCAACAGAUGGACCGGGACUAGUGUUCAUUAUAUAUCCUGAAGCCAUAGCUACAUUACCAGGGUCAUCAGUCUGGGCAGUAAUCUUCUUCAUAAUGUUGUUGACCUUAGGUAUUGACAGUGCUAUGGGUGGUAUGGAGUCUGUUAUCACAGGACUGAUAGAUGAGUUCAAGUUUCUGCAUAAGCACCGAGAACUCUUCACGCUCUUCAUAGUAGUCACCACCUUCCUAAUCUCCCUGUUUUGUGUCACAAAUGGUGGUAUUUAUGUGUUUACUCUCCUGGACCAUUUUGCGGCAGGAACAUCAAUUCUCUUUGGAGUGCUCAUUGAGGCUAUUGGUAUUGCCUGGUUCUAUGGAGUUGAUCGGUUUAGUGAUGAUAUAAAGGAAAUGAUAGGUCAUCGACCUGGCUUGUACUGGAGACUGUGCUGGAAGUUUGUAAGUCCUUGCUUCCUAUUGUUUAUGGUGGUUGUCAGCUUUGCAACAUUUAACCCUCCAUAUUAUGGAACAUAUGUGUUUCCAGUUUGGGCAAACAUGAUUGGCUGGUGUGUAGCCAUAUCCUCUAUGACAAUGGUACCCAUAUAUGCCAUCUACAAAUUCUGUGUCCUACCAGGAACAUUUCGAGACAAAUUAGCAUAUGCAAUUACCCCAGAGAAAGAGCAUCACUUAGUGGAAAAUGGCGAAGUUCGACAGUUCACACUUCAUCACUGGUUGAUGGUCUGAGUUUCACAAGGAAGAAAGGAAGUCUCAUUAUUUAAUUAUGUACAGGAGGUGAAUAAGGAAUUCUCUGUGACUGAAGAUGGUGACUUCCUGGAUGUGUCAAUGAAACAGUAAAAAUAGUUUAUGUUUUAUCUGUAAUUGGAAAUGUAGCUGUAAAGUGACUUUGAUCACAAUGUUUUUGACGUAUGUCAAUAUCAAUCUUAAUUCUAUAUACAAUGACUGUUACAGUGGGUUAUGUCACAACCCAGUAUUUUAUUGUGAUCUGAGUUUAAACUGAGCCUAUAGAUGCAUACUGAUCUUGAUAAAAAUGCAUAAAGGAAAUUUCAUGAGGAAACAUUGGUAAAGUAACAUUUGUUUGUAUGUAGUUUUUAUAUACUUUGAACCAUAUCAAAUUGCAUAUCAAAGAAAAAAGUUAGGACAUUUAAGGAAAAAUAUAUUUGUACCUUCUAAAUAUUCAAUAUAAACAUUGGCUAA